CAGAUAUGCCUAGAAAGAAGUCUGCCACUCAGCUUGGGCUUGUUCGUUGUAGUAACUGUUCCUCUGAACUACCCGUGCGCAAACCAAGCGGCUUGUCAGCUGUGGGGAUCCUCAAAGACAACGAAUGUACCAUACUACAACUGACACAGUGCUGCUCGGUAAAGAAUAGGAAGGGGCAGUAAAGUAAACGCACGUUUUUAGAAUAAUUUGUCAAACAAUUUGCAUUUGGAUUAGCUGGAGAACAGACACUUUUCUCUCGCUUAUAACGCCGGGGAGCUCACAUCGAGACUCCGUGACAUCGUACUUUUUAAGGUGUAGUGAACAAUAAUGGGUUAUGUUUGCGGAUGAUCAAGAGGAGACUGGCGUCUUGAGCUUAUCGUCGGACACAUGAAUAUUUGCCAUGCCACUUGGGAUGGCUCUGUUCUCAGCCCUGCUCAUCCUCCUACUGAUCACCACAUCAUACACCCUCGCUGUCCGCACUUAUCCACGCUUCUCCAGAAAUGACACUUCUUUUGAGCACCUGGUCCUGCACCCGGACCCCUCUGUGGGCACAGUUUACGUGGGGGCCAGGGACCACCUCUUCCAACUGGACGGGCUAGACGGCCUGCGUCUGGAGCAUGAGGAGAGGACCGGCCCUGUGACUGAUAGUAAGGAGUGUCUUCCCCCUGUCACCGAGGCCAACUGCCCCCAGGCCCGGCACACCUCCAACCACAACAAGCUGCUCCUAGUGGACCCCUCAGCCAUGGAGCUCAUCACCUGUGGUAACGUCCACCAGGGCACCUGCCAGAAGCGCAGCCUGACCUCUGUGAAGGAGGUCUUGUUCUCUACAGAGAGGCCGGUGGAUACCCAGUAUGUGGCGGCCAACGACCCGGAGGUAUCCACAGUGGGGCUGGUGGUGGGGCCCCGAGGCGGGGAGCGGGCCGUGCUCUAUGUGGGGCGUGGUUACACAAGCAGCCAUCCGCCCAUCUCCACACGCCAUCUGGCCCACGAGCCUGUGUUCUCUUACGAGGAGACAGCCAAGCUGGCCGUGGCGGGAAGGCUCUCGGAGUACGACCACCAUUUUGUAGCCGCUUUCGCUCGCCGUGGGCAUGUGUACUUCUUGUUCUAUCGCCGUGACAUUAAGGCUGUGUCGCGGGAGUACCGUACGUAUGCUGCCCGCGUGUGUCUGGAUGACACCUCCUACUAUUCCUAUGUAGAGGUACCCCUGGUGUGUCACUCCUCUACCUCCUCCCCAGAGAGGAACUACAACCUCCUCCAGGCAGCCCAGGUGGGUCAGGGGGGUGGCAGAGAGGGGGAGAGCCUGCUGGGGGUCUUCUCCACCCGGGUCAGCUCUUCCAACGGGCCCUCCGAGGACUCCGCUCUGUGUGUGUACCCUCUGGAUGAGCUGGACAGACUCAUCGACUCCACACGAGACCUGUGCUACACACUGGAUGGCCGGGUGAUGGGAGGAGGCGAGGUGGCCUACAUAGAGUAUGAGGUCAAGUCCAGCUGUGCCAACUUACCUACGAACACCCUAAAGGCUUAUCCCUGUGGCUCUGACCACACCCCCAGUCCAAUGGCCAGCAGGGUACCCAUGGAAGCUGAGGCAGUAUUGGACAGCCCAUCUGCCCGUCUCACUGCUGUGGCUGUUGGUAUGAGGGCUGGGCACACCAUUGCCUUUUUAGGAGACUCUAAAGGGAAUUUGCACAAGGUGUUCCUAGGCUCUGGAGGCCGGGUGGAGAUGUACUCCUCCAUGCUCAUCCAGCCCAACUCGCCCAUCAGCAGUGACCUCCUGCUGGACCAGACGGAGACGCACAUCUACGUCAUGACCGGCGCAAUGGUGGAGAAGCGACCGGUGGCAGAGUGUGGAGAUCACCUGGACUGUCAGUCCUGUCUUUCAGCCCGAGACCCUUACUGUGGCUGGUGUGUUCUGGAGGGCAGGUGUGUCCAGCGUUCACAGUGCAGUCGGGGGGCUCUGCAGGGCCAGUGGCUGUGGAGCUUUGACCACCAGCAGCAGCAGUGUCUCGGUAUCCAAUCCCUGAGCCUGUACAAUAUCAGCCGUGGAGAGGAGACGGACAUUGCUGUGUCAGUGAAGGGGUUGCCCAGUCUAGUGCUAGGCGAAGCAUACAGCUGUUUCUACCAGGAUGUGGAACGUCUGGCCACUGUCACAGACAAUGGUGUGAUCUGCUCUACUCCCGACGCCAGCAGGCUGCCUCCCAUUGUCCAGGGAGAAGACUCAGUCACCAUCCCCCUGUCCCUUCGCUUCCGCAAUGUGACUGUGGCUGCUCGGGAGUUCACCUUCUUUGACUGUGGUGUGGUCCAACAGCUCUCUGGACUCAUGCCGUGCAGAGGGUGUGUAAGCAGUCGCUGGGGCUGUAACUGGUGUAUUCACCAGCACAUGUGCACCAUUAAAAUCUGUGAUGAGGGAGUCACAAUUUACAACAAACACUUCAAACCAACAUUCACUCCCCCAGCAACCAAACAAUCUGACACUCUAACUCCAACUCUCCUGGCUGCUCCAACACUCCCACCCACAGGGACAUCUAUUAGGACCACUCCCCCAGUCCUGGCCAGCACACCUGUGCCCCCAUCCACCACACCCACCACCACCACCCCCGAGCCAACCGCAGUCCCCACCACCCACUCACCAACCAUUGCCACCACCACACCCUCAACCACACUGGCCACUCAGGCUACCACUGCAACACUAGAGGUGACAACCAGUCUGCAGGCAGGGACACAGACCACCGCUGGAGAGACCUCAGUGGAUGGAGACGGGAGCCUCCCCAGGACUACUGCUGGAACAGGGGAGACGGAGCAGACAACAGUCACUAGGGUUGAGCUGCUAGACUGGCCCGAGUCUCCAGAAACUGAGGCUCCUAGUAGUACAAAUGGACUCACCGACACUGACCACACUGUGCCGGAGCCCUCCUCUGACACCACAUCAACCACUGCUAGUGGUGUCCCCCUGUCAAUGGACCUGCCCACUGGCUCUGACGGGGAUGAAGUCCCCCUGUCAAUGGACCUGCCCACUGGCUCUGACGGGGAUGAAGUCCCCCUGUUAAUGGACCUGCCCACUGGCUCUGAUGGGGAUGAAGUCCACCUGGCUCCCUCUGAAGGUACAGACUCACCCCCCUGGACAAAGGAAUGGGAGAAGGGAGAGGGAGAGUCAGAGAUGGACCCUCCAACAUCCUCUGCCACAGUGCCCUCUGGAGAUGAUGACCCAAACCAGCCCUCUCAAUCCUUUACCCUCACACCUGACCCUGACUCUUCAGCAGACUACCAGUCUGACUCCUCUGAAAUUGAUCUGCCGGACUGCCCGUGUGUGGAGAAGGUCCAGGGCUCCUCUCUUGUUCCUGUUAAUGUGGAGCGGAAGAUCACUCUGGUGGGACGCCACCUUCACCUCUUCCAGGAUGAGGAUCUGGACUAUGAGUGUGUGCUGACCAUCGAAGGGCGGUCAGUGGUGGUCGACGCGUACGUGGAGCCAGACGACACCCAGCCCUCUCUCUACUUCAUCACCUGCCAGCUACAUCAGUACGCCUAUACUGCCUUUGUGGAGGAGUACAACGCCGUGAUCAAUGUGAGGAGGAGAAACACCUUUCAGAUUGAUAGUGCGGACGACCUUCAUGUGACGUUGUUUAACUGCUCUGUGGGCCGGUCAGACUGCAGCCGGUGUCGUACAGCUGAUCAGAAGUACGGCUGUGUGUGGUGCGGGGGAGCUCGCUCCAAAUGCAGUUACCGGGACUCCUGCGCUGGUGAAAUCAAGCAGUCCUGCCCAGCACCCGUCAUCCACUUAAUGGAGCCCAUCUCUGGACCAGUAGAAGGUGGUACUGUGGUGACCAUCUCAGGCUCCAAUCUUGGACAGAAAGCUGAAGACAUCCAGAACUCUGUCACUAUAGCUGGUGUCCCCUGCACGGUCAUCAACAGUAGAUAUGAGAUCUCCUCAAGGAUUGUGUGUGAGACCACAGCCAGUGGGGGAGAGAAGAGUGGUCAGGCCUCAGUCGAGGUGAGAGGAGGAGGGCUUGGACUCUCCAGUCAAAGGUUCAGCUUCCAGGACCCGGCUUUGAUGGGGAUAGCCCCUCAGAAGGGGCCCAAGGCUGGGGGCUCAGAAUUGACCAUAAUGGGCCAGAGCCUGAAGACUGGACACCCCAGUGAGGUCAGCGUGCUUAUUGGAGGAGUCUCAUGCCUCAUCUCCUCUGAGGUCGUGGAUGACCAGAUUACAUGUAUGACAGGGGGCAGCAACAGAACUGGAGAGCAUGGAAUCACGGUCCGGUUUGGUAGAGCAGAACGCCAUCUACAGGGAGCCAUCUAUCAUUACACCUCAGAUCCUAACAUAACCAUGGCUGCACCCUCAAAAAGCUUCCUCAGUGGUGGAAGAAUGAUCCGUGUGUCUGGGCAAAACCUAGAUGUAGUGCAGGAGCCCCGAAUCCGUGUGACCCUUAGUCCUCUGGAGUCCCUUUCUCCAAGGAAGAAGAGGAGGACGAGGAGGAGCAGCAGAGAUGGAGAGAGUAGAGUGAGACGCACAGAAAUCCCACUCAAGAGGCAAAGACGGAUAGUUCCUGAGCCAGACUGUCUUGAAGAUGCACUCUGUGUGGUAAAAAAGUUUGAGACGAGUUGUGCUGUGAGCAGCUCCUCUCUGAUGCUGUGCCCUACGCCUGCCGUGGGGAUGGAGGCCCACCAUGCUCGGGUCAAGGUGGACUUCCUACUGGAUAACCUGCACUUUGACUUCAACUCUGUGGGCAGUGGAGCUUUCAGCUACGAGCUCAACCCCAGACUGUACCCACUGAACCAGAAUGACCCCAGCAAACCCUACCACCACAAACCUGGCAGCAUCAUCUCUGUGGAGGGGGAGAACCUGGACCUGGCCAUCUUUAAGGAGGAGGUGGUGGCUCUGAUUGGGGAAGGGGUAUGCUCUGUGAAAACCUUGACCCAUAACCACCUCUACUGUGAGCCUCCAUCCCAGCAGCCCUCUGUGAUGGCCAGCAAGAAGCAGGAGGGCAUGGAUUCUCUCCCCGAGUUCACUGUCCAGAUGGGGAACCUGAACUUCUCCCUGGGUAGAGUGCAGUAUGACACCCCAGGCCAGUCCACCUUCCCCCUGGAGGCCCAGGUGGGCGUAGGGGUGGGGGCUUCCAUCGUAGCUCUCAUCGUUGUCAUCAUAGUGCUCAUAUAUAGGAGGAAAAGCAAACAGGCCGUGAGGGACUACAAGAAGGUCCAGAUUCAGCUGGAGAAUCUGGAGACCAGUGUGAGGGACCGCUGCAAGAAAGAGUUCACAGACCUAAUGACUGAGAUGAUGGACUGUUCAAGUGACCUGGUGGGUUCUGGUAUUCCCUUCCUGGACUACAAGGCAUAUGCAGAGCGCAUUUUCUUUCCUGGCCACCGGGAGUCGCCACUGAGGCGAGAUUUGGACGUGCCGGAGUGCCGUAGACAGACGGUGGAGCAGGGACUGGUUCAACUGUCCAACCUCCUCAACAGCAAACUAUUCCUCACCAAGUUCAUCCACACCCUGGAGGUGCAGCGGACCUUCUCCCCUCGGGACCGGGCCUACGUGGCCUCCCUGCUCACCGUGGCCCUGCAUGGGAAGCUGGAGUACUUCACUGACAUCCUCAAGACUCUGCUAAAUGACCUGGUGGUGCAGUACGUGGCCAAGAACCCCAAACUCAUGCUCCGAAGAACUGAAUCGGUGGUCGAGAAGCUCCUGACCAACUGGAUGUCCAUUUGUCUGUUCACCUUCCUGAGGGACACUGCAGGGGAGUCCUUCUACAUGCUGUUUAGAGCCAUUAAACACCAGGUGGACAAGGGACCGGUGGACGCCGUGACAGGAAAGGCCAAGUAUACACUCAACGACAACAGGCUGCUCCGCGAGGACAUAGAGUACAAAACCUUGACGCUGAAUGUCCUCAUGCCAGCGACAGGCAACGGUGGUGUGCCCCAGACCGCUCCUGCCAAGGUGCUGGACUGUGACACCAUAACCCAGGUGAAGGAGAAGGUCCUGGAACAGGCAUGGAAGGGCAUGUCCUUCUCCCAGCGGCCCCACACAGACUCUCUCCACCUGGAGUGGCGUGCGGGCAUGGCAGGUCACCUGAUCCUGUCAGACGAGGACUUGACGUCGGUGGUGCAGGGUUCCUGGAAACGCCUCAACACCCUGCAGCACUACAAGGUUCCGGAUGGAGCCACUGUUGCACUGGUACCCCGGAACUCCAAGCACAUACACAAUGACAACCAUGACUACUUUCCUGGAGAGAAGACGCCCAUGUUGGACGAUGGGGACGAGGGAGGUGUGAAACUCUGGCACCUGGUGAAAGCCAAUGAGGAGCCAGACCUGCCCAAACACAGGCGUGGCAGUCUGAGAGAGAGGGAGAGAGAGAGGGCCAAGGCCAUCCCCGAGAUCUACCUCACACGCCUACUCUCCAUGAAGGGCACACUGCAGAAGUUUGUGGAUGACUUGUUCACAGUGAUCCUGAGCACUAACCAGCCAGUUCCCAUGGCUGUCAAGUACUUCUUUGACCUGCUGGAUGAGCAGGCUCUGCAGCACAACAUUACAGACCCUGAGACCAUCCACAUCUGGAAGACUAACAGUUUACCCCUGAGGUUCUGGAUCAACAUCUUGAAGAACCCCCAGUUCAUCUUUGAUGUUCAGGCAUCAGACCAUGUGGAUGCUGUGCUGUCUGUCAUAGCCCAGACCUUCAUGGACUCAUGUACCAUCGCAGAGCACAAGUUGGGCAGGGACUCUCCUAUCAACAAGUUGCUGUAUGCCAGAGAUAUCCCACGGUACAAGCAGAUGGUAGAGAGAUACUAUGCUGACAUCAGGCAGACCAUUUCUGCCAGUGACCAGGAAAUGAAUUCUGCUCUUGCAGAACUGUCUCGAAAUUAUGCUGGUGAGGUGAACUACCUUGUAGCCCUGCAUGAGCUGUACAAGUACAUCAACAAGUACUAUGAUCAAAUCAUCACUGCUCUAGAGGAGGACCCUACAGCUCAGAAGAUGCAGCUGGGCUACAGGCUCCAGCAGAUUGCGGCUGCCGUGGAAAAUAAAGUCACUGACCUAUGAUAACAGAGUGGCCCUGAGUCGGGACAGGCCGAGACCCUGAGGAAAAGACACCCGCUGUGAGGAGUAGUCCUAAAGGAAAAUAAUGUGUGAAAAGGAAAAAGACCUUGUGCAUACAGGGUGUGAUUUCCCUCUCUUUUUGGCAGACUGAAGGAAGUAAAGAAGGUUGAGGGGCACUCAAAGUGGUGCUCUUCUCUUUUUGCCAUAUCUGUGUAGAGUUACUGUGCGUAGAUUCUCCUGACAAGCUGCACAGGAGAUUUCCAUAGCAACCUGACUACAUUUACCCGCUGCUACUCAGUGUGUACAUACAUAGACAUUAUCCUGAGUAAAUUAGCAAAGCCCUGUUGAACUCUCUGGACUGCUGCAGAGUUUCUGCAACACAAACAACGUCUUACUGGGAUGAAAUGGAUGGAUAAAGCUUACAGGACUAAAAUUAAUUGAAUAGCACUUAUUCAAUUAUGCUAUUGUCAUUCACUUGCUAAUGCCUUCUGUUUCCCUGAAUCACUGAGCCCUGAGUCUUACUUUUCUGGUAUAACUAUCCUUUGCAGACAACGUGUGAGGUAGUAUUGUCUUCACUCAUCCUUUUCACUCCCCAUCAACGUUUUUGUCGAUCCACAAAGUUUUUCUGCUUCAUGUAGUUGAACACUAAAGAACAGACUGCUUUCAAUACAUUGUGAAAAUGUUAGGUACUCCAUGUGCUGGCUUUUAUUGUCACCCAGCUUUGACAUUCUCUAUGAUUUGAAUGUUCCUUUCCAAAAUCGGUAUAAUGUACAAAUUAUUUUAGUGCAUUUCUGAUGGUAAUUCUACGGUUCCCUAUAAUUGCAGUAGCCAAGCUGAUAUUUUCCGUUCUAAUGCUGAGAUAAUGAUAGACAUCUCUAGCUUAAACCUCCAGAGAAAUCUCAGCUAGUUAAUGUUCAAUCUGCAGAAUGUUUCCUUCUCUUAGCAGGGUGCCAGACUUCACUACACAUUAUCUGUCAAUGGCAGACUAGAAGGUGUUCUCAAAAAGGUGUAUUUUGUGAGCAGCAGGAGCUAGUAAUCAAACGCAACAAUUUCCAGAACUGAAUGCGAUCAAACAGUUUGUUUUAGAAAAUGGCUGGUUAUGUGUGACCAAUAUGACAUUUUCUGUCAACACUGUGGGAUGCGACGACUAACAAGCAACAGUUGUUCCUGUUGGCAGGUUUUUCCGACACUUGAUUAUUUAAACAAAUCACGAUUUAGCAGGGUGUGUAUCUUUUGAAUUUCGGAAGGGGGGAGAUGACAUUUGUCCUUCUGACUUAAAAGAAACUUGCAGAGGAAGGGGGGUGAAGCUAACAUUCGGCUUCCGCUCCUCAUUCUAGUAUCUUUUCUCAUACAUAUCCCCCCCCCAGAACUUGAAAGAGUAUCUGACGCAAUUACGUAAGAUUUUAGUUCUGGGUAUUCGAAAUUAGUAUAGUUGUAAAGGUUGAGCAAAAGGAGUAUGAGAUUGGCAAUAUAAUAUUGUUUAUCUCAUAAAACUUGCAGCAUGACAUGUUUUUAGUCUCAACAAUGAAUCCUUUAGCCCAAGGCCUCAUUCAUGACUGACCUUUUUUAUAACUGAAAUUAAACGGUAGCCCUAUUGUUUGAUUUUCACUAAUACAACAUUAUAACCCUCAAGCUACUGACUGGAGUCAUUUUGACACCAUAGGUAUAUUUAUCAUAGCCCAAAGGUGGUUUAUUAAAAUCUUCAAAUUUGUAAUGACUUGUUCUUAACAAAUCUAAAUCCAUGUUUUUAGUGUUUCUGUAUCAAUAUGGGGGUCAUUCCUCCAAUUCGAUGCCUUUUGGGAUGGUGUAAUUUGGUGGGAUUUUUUGUUGUUGAUUUCACCUCAUUUUAACAUUGUCAUAAAAAGCACAUGUUCAACUUAAUAAAAAACCGUGUUUUCCCAUCUCAAUAGGUUAAAUAAUUACUAUAGUAAGUGCCUAUUAAGUGCCAAAUAAAGUAACCUGGUUGACAACCGGGAGGGGCAAUUUGAGUGCAAGCUUCAACAUUUUAAAAAAAAUAUUAAAACAUUUCUAGCCUGUUUAUCUAUGGGUAACAGGGUUGACAUGUUAUGCUCGACCCAUGUGUAACUCUUUGUUGUAUGCUCACACUGCUAUGCUUUAUCUUGGCCAGGUCGCAGUUGCAAAUGAGAACUUGUUCUCAACUAGCCUACCUGAUUAAAUAAAGGUGAAAAAUAAAAAAUAAAAAUAAAAAUAUAAAUUAAAAUAAAAAUAAAAAAUAAAAUAAAAAUUCAGUUUCCCACCAGAAAAUGGCCAAAAAGAGUAGAACCAUCUCACCUGUUUUUACACUCAUUUCAUUAUCAGAUGUUCAAUGUUUCUUUUCAAACAUUGAGUUCACAUAACAGCGUUCACCUUAAAAUGAGGGACUUUUUUUUUUUUUUUACCUUUAAAAUGAAUCACUAAAUAAAUAAAUCAAUUAAAUACUUUUCAGAAAUUACUUUGUCAAAGCAACAAAAUAACCAGGGCUACUCAAUCAUGUGAGAACUUUUUGGGAAGUCACAGAUGAUGCACGGAGGGACAUGUCAAAAUGCUGCAUUUUGGCACAUUAGCAAGGCUUUAUAUAAAAAAAAAUAUGCUUUAUUGAAUUGUGCAUGUGAUCUAUAUUAAAAGGGCACUUCAUUGAACAUAAAGGUUUUUAAAAUUCAAUAUUGGUGUAAAAUUUUGCCUUAAAAUGUCAAAAGGACGCAAAAGAUACUAAUUUCGUGGAACAACCCUUGGACUAUUCAGAAAUUCAAUUCCUUUUGGGAGUUUUGACCCUAGCCAAAAACACUUAAUUUUGUCUAUAGUAAUUUGAUUUAAAAAAUGACUUUAUUUGAAUCUAGGUUUCUCUAGAGACAAAUACAAGUUAUCCAUAGGGUGGAGGGGGACCUGUAUCAGUGAUUUUGAUCCAAUACAGAUCCUCUGCAGAGAUACAUGGGGAGCUGUAACUUACUUGCCUAACAUUGUACAUUUCUUUACCAUGUAUCGUAUGACUGUACUACAAAACCAAAAUGACCUUAUUGUUGUGCAUGUAAAAAUCUGACAAUGUUUGCCAGUGGUAUAAAUACUUGAUAGAGCUGCAAUAGAGAACUCCGGUACACUCCAGCUACAUAGAGAGCUGUAUUGGUCUGUAUUCUCUGAAAAGUUGUUAUUCUAGGGCAAAUAUCCCAAAAAGUAUUUAUUUGAAUCCAGGUUUCUCUGGAGACAAAAUAUUAAGUUAUAUGUAUCAUCAGAGGGUGGAGGGGGACCUGUAUGAGUGAUAUUGACCUGCAGAGAUGGAGCAGCUUAUGUACUCGCCUAUAGUUAUAAAUCAAAUCAAUCACAUUUUAUUUGUCACAUGCUUUAUAGGCAACAGGCGUAGACUAACAGUGAAAUGCUCACUUACAGGUCCUUUUCCAACAAUGCAGUUAAAGAUUUUUUUUAAAUAGACAUGAGGAAUAAAUACACAGUGAAUAACUCAGUAAAAAUAAAGAGUAGUGGUAGCUGCAGUGUGUGUGUGUGUGUGUGGCAUCUGGGGGGGGGGGGGGGGGCAGUGUCAGUGUGUGUGCAUAGUCAGUGCAAGAGAGUUGGUAAAAACAAAGGGAAGUCCAGGUAGCCAUUUUUAAUUAGGUAUGUAGCAGUCUUGUUUAAAAGUCUUAUGACUUGGGGGUAUAAGAUGUUCAGGGUACUUUUGGUUCCAGACUUGGUGCAUUGUUACUGCUUGCCAUGCUGUAGCAAAGAGAACCGUCUGUGGCUUGGGUUGCUGGAGUCUUUGACAAUUGUUUGGGCUUUCGUCUGACAACGCCUGGUAUAGAGGUCCUGGAUGGCUAUAACUAGGUACGACCGUGUACAAAAUCUAAAUGUACCUUCGAUAUAUGCCAAUUUGCAGUCAAAACAGCUCAGAACAGUCUGUCGGUCAUAUUAAUACUUGGUAAAACUGUAAUACGGAAACCCACUACCCUCUAAAAUGAACACACAGUGCUGUGUAUUCUCUACGGUAAAUGUUACAUAAAUUCCUAUAUUCUAUAGGUGCAAGCAACUUGUGAUUAUUUUGGAUGCUAUACCAUUUGUUUUGAGGUGACUUUGGGCAUGCUUUUGAAGCAUCCUGCCAUAGCCUCUAACACUCCCAUUGUUUUACUAACAGUGAUGGUAAUGCUGUCUGUGGGCUUAGUAAAUAAAGUAAACUAAGCCAUAUAUUUGGUACAUUUCUUUCAGGAUCACUUUUUGAAGUGAAUUUAAUCAUUACUUUUCAAUAAAAUGUAGAAUAUUUAAAAUGGUGUACCGUCCCUUUAAACGGCAGUACUUUUUACCACAUAAAAUAUGACCAUUUAUAUUUUCAACAUUCUGAAAACAAAAUGAUACUAUAAUAAAAUAAUGGUAAAUAAGCUUUUUCUGUAGUAAUGUGGAUAGAAUUUGGGAGAAAAGGCUGCAAAUUGAAUGAAGGAAACAUAUGAGUUUUUACAGAAUAUGCAUUUUAACUAAUUUAGCUAAAAUAAGUGUUUUGGUCUCUUUUUUUUCAGAUUACAUUAAUUACAUGUCUAAUGUUUUAAAAAUAAAUAUGUUGCUAUUUUGCUAUGACUGUUGCUUUUUCAAAUAUAGCUUCUUCUUGGGGUAACAAUGAACCCAGAUGGUAAUCGAUGUAUGAAAAUAUUUUGGUAGCUUGAGGGUUAAAAUAUUUUUAGGUUUUAAAAUUGUAUUUAUUUAUUUAUUUUCCUGUCUGGUUGGCUGCUGGUUCGUUAUCUAUUUACGAAGACCAAAUAAUCAAUGGAAUUACAAUGAAAUCCAUUGUUUGAAAGUGAGAUCCGAUUUCAUGCAAACGCCUGUCAUAUUCUUCUUUGGUACUGAUGACAUGAAUGAAUUACACUGUUCUUUUUUAAAAUAAAUGUUUAUAAAUGCAGUAGAAGCUUUAUGUAGGCCUAUACUGGUCAUGUUUUGACUUUUGACCCUUUUUGAUUUUCAUUACUGUGUGUUUGUGGGUUGGGUAAGGGUAUACUUUACAAAAAAUCUAAGUAUCAAAAUUACGACUCGCAUUACAUUCUGGGACUACUGCUUUUUGACAUGUCAGUUUUUACAUACAUUUUUAGAUGUCAAGCUAUAAUAAGGGAAUAUCUGUUUGUUAGUAAUAUAGAGCAAGUUAUGUUGGCGAUUUUAAAGUACAUUUUUGUCAUCUCUUGCCAUGGACAUAGCAAAAGCAAUCCUUGUUUGUUUUCCUUGCUAAAUUCAAACAUUAUUUGGAUUUCCUUGUAAAUACUUUAACGAUUUGUAAGUAAGCCUACCAUUAGCUUUCUCUAACUGUUUGAUAGGUGAAAUGUAACUUAAUGUCAUGCAAUAAAAUAGUCAAAAUGUCAA